AUGAUCACUAGCGCAAAGAACAGGGACAAGUAUCAAAAAGGUUCUGGUGACCUGCUUACUCUCUGA